AGGAGGAGGAGAUGGUGAGCUGGGCGAGCGUGAGGAUGCAAGGAGACGACAGGAGGAGUCAACAUGCCGCCCAAGAGGAACCAGAGGUGUUUGGACAUCUGCUUAAGAGGCCCCUGGAAACGUUUUUCGACAACCACCACCCCGCACUGAAGUCCCCCGUCCUCGUGUCCCCCCCCCGCCGCACCUCAGAGGACACCUUCAGCCGCCAUUUUGAGAGCAUCAUGGAGUCGGCGCGCGCCAAGGGCACGUCCUACAGCAGCCUGGACAGCGAGGAGCUGCUGGGCACCAGCACCCAGACGGUGCUGACCUUUGACCUGCCCACGCUCACCCCGGCCAUCCAGGCGCCGUUCGGCCACAGCGCCCGGCACAUGGCGCACCUCAGCCUGGCCCCGCUCGCCGUCGACGAGCGCCCCAGCCUGUCGGACUCGGCGCUCACGGUGACGGGCGACUCGGACGCCACGCGGGCGCCCUCCAGCGAGAGGCUGAGCAGCGGGUCCGAGGACACGCCCCGGCGCGGCGGGACCCCCGGGCCGCAGCUCGGGAGCAGCUGGUCCAGCAACUUCUCCCUGCCCAGGGAGAAGGCCCGCCUGGCCACAGACACGGAGCUGGACCAGGACCUGAGCGAGCGCCUGGGCCUGGAGACCAGCGAGACGCUGACCAACGGGAGCAGCCGGGCCGACCUGGAGGCGGCCAAGCGGCUGGCCAAGCGCCUCUUCAAGCUGGACGGCUUCCGCAAGUCGGACGUGGCACGGCAUCUCAGCAAGAACAAUGACUUCAGCCGAAUGGUGGCAGCGGAGUACCUCAGCUUCUUCGACUUCAAAGGGCUGGCGGUGGACAUGGCCUUACGAGCGUUCCUCAAGCAGUUUGCGCUGAUGGGGGAGACACAGGAGAGGGAGAGGGUGCUAACACACUUUUCAAGAAGAUACCUUGACUGCAACCCGGGCAUCAUACCGUCUGAAGAUGCAGUUCACACUCUGACCUGUGCUCUCAUGCUGCUCAAUACGGAUCUACACGGCCAAAACCUGGGCAAGCGGAUGUCCUGCUCGCAGUUCGUGGGCAACCUCGAGGGACUCAACGACGGCCAGGAUUUUCCGAAAGACCUUCUUAAAGCCCUGUACAACGCCAUCAAGAAUCAGAAGCUACAAUGGACACUCGACGAGGAGGAGCUGCGCAAGUCGUUCUCGGAGCUCGGGGACAGCCUCUGCGACUCCACCGCCUCCACCUCGGUGCGGCGCGUGGGCAGCAGCGGGAAGCCCCUGUCGGAGGAGGCGCACCACGCCUCGGCCUCGGCGACCACCGGGGCGCUGCUGUACAAGAACGGCUUCCUGGUGCGCAAGGUGCACGCCGACUCGGACGGCAAGAGAACUCCGAGGGGCAAGAGAGGCUGGAAGACGUUCUACGCCAUCCUGAAAGGACUCAUACUCUACCUACAGAAGGGAGAGUACCGGCCAGAUAAGCAGCUCUCGGAAGAGGACCUGAAGAACGCCGUGUCCAUCCACCACUCCCUGGCCAUGAAGGCGGCGGACUACAGCAAGAGGCCAAACGUCUUCUACCUGCGCACCGCCGACUGGAGGGUGUACCUCUUCCAGGCCCCGAACGCGGAGCAGAUGCAGUCUUGGAUCACGCGGAUCAACGUGGUGGCAGCCAUGUUUUCAUCCCCUCCCUUCCCAGCAGCCAUUGGCUCUCAGAAGAAGUUCAGUCGGCCGCUGCUGCCGGGGACCAUGUCAAAGCAGUCCGAGGAGGAGCAGGUGAAGUCCCACGAGGCCCGCUUCCGCUCCAUCUCCACCGAACUGGCCGAGCUGCGCUCCUACCCGCCCGAACGCAAGGUCAAAGGUCGCGACCUGGACGAGUACCGGCAGCGGGACGAGUAUUUGGAGUUUGAGAAGACGCGGUACGGCACCUACGUCAUGCUGCUGCGGUCCAAGAUCCGCGCUGGCGAGGCGGACCUCUCCCUGUUCGAGGCCCAGCUCCUGGAGGACGGCGCCCUGCAGCGGGCCCAGUCCAGCCCCACGCUGCAGGACAGCAGCCUGGCCAGUCAGGCCAGCAGCAGCGCCCGGGACACGGCCAACAGCAGCAAGGCCAGCGGCGCCAGCAGUGCCCACGGCGGGGAGCUGCGGGGCCCUGUGACUGAGAGCCGACACCGAAGCUCCCCCCACCGCCCCCCUCCCACCACGUAUCCCAACCGUAAGAACGCAGGCGCUGGCUGGACGAGGGAGGGAGACCGGGAGAAGACCCAAGGAUGA